GAGAAAACAAGUAUAUAAAGUGAUGCCGUCGCUCUCCCAUUCCAACUAUCACCACCAACCAUCUCCCAAUCUUCCAGCCUUCACUCACUUCGAAUCUCGUCAAAAUCAAACUCCAGCCAACAUGCGUUUCGACAUCCUCGCCACUCUUGCCGCCCUGGCUUCCGGUGCUGUCGCCGACAGAAUGGAGGUCUUCACCGAGUGCGCCGCCUUCGGACAGUGCAACAGUGGAAACGCCUUCUUCUACACCGACUUUGGAACCUACAAGGUCAACGCCAACACCGGCUGCCGAGGCACCGGCGUUCCCGGCAUGGUCGAGUUCUGCGUCGACUGGGACCGCCGCCGCGCCCACUUCCGGUUCGACCACCAGAGCAACAAGCGCUGCCUCGUCCAGCGAUCCGAGACUGCCUACGGCUGCAACGCUCAGGCGUGCUGGAAGACUACCUGGGAGGAGGUCGGCUGCAGCUGGAGGCAGGCCCAAGGGGACGCGGAGGAGGUUGCUAGCACCUCUGCAGCUGCUGCGACUGAGACUGAGGCGCCUGAGAACUAG